AUGAUUGCUACUCCAGGACAACAUAUAGAUACCAGCGGUUGGGGUCAAGAGAACCCUAACGUGCAUACCACCACCGUAAAGGAUUUGCUCAACAACAGUCCCACCAGCAUUGACGGUGGUCUCGGGCCGAUGAUUCCGGGUGUUGCGGUUGGUUCUGAUCCAUCUGGACGUCCCGAUGGAACUAUUCCCCGUGUUGCGGUUGGUUCUGGUGCAUCUCGACGUCCCGAUGGAACUAUUCCAGGUAUUGCGGUUGGUUCUGGUACAUCUCGACGUCCCGAUGGAACUAUUAUCAAUGGCCCCAACGUGCCCGCCCGACCUAUCUUUCUUCCCAACAACGUCGUUCCGACGGGCUUCUCAGACUUCGGAACCUUCUAUCAUACCUUUCAAUACUCCCAACAGAGCUUCUUAAAUGUUGUUUCGCAAUGGCAGACUCCAGGUUUUUCAAUUAACUUGGUCAGGUCACAAUUCAGUUUGUGGAUCAACCAAAUGUACCAAACCGUCUCCUUGUUCCAAGGAGGCUGCGGUAUUUGUGAUUACCGAUACGCUGGACAGUUCCAAGCACUGGCCACCAACCUGCUACGCGACAUCCAAUACGCCUUACAAAUCAUCCAAUUCCAGUAUGGCAGUCUUUGGCGCCAAUUUACAUGUAAGCCGAAUAGAUUAUUAUUCAACGCAUGUGUCAUUAGCCUCCACUCACCAUUUCUCUCGUAG